GUUAGGAGGAUAAAGUCUGCGGUAUCAGUGAACGGCACGUAGCACUUCAUCGACAUCUCCGGCCAUCAUGUCAGCGGCAGCCUCACCACAGGAUCUGGAUCUCGCAGGAUGUAGUUCUCUCCAGCAAGAGGAGUGGCAGGUGCUCGAGUCGAUAUACCCAGAUUGCGUGUCCAGCGACAUCUCGAGCGGCUCGGUCAAGCUCGAGAUCCCCGUCGAGUUCUCCGAAGCGAGAACUGUUUCUAUAGAGAAUGACCAUACCGUUUAUUCCGCUGGAAAUGUGCCGCCUUGUGGCUCAUCAUGUGGUGUCGCUGAAGUGCCUCACUAUCUGUCGCUCACUAGCUUGCCGCCUCUGCUGCUGGAUGUCCUCUUGCCACCGUCUUACCCAUAUCAUCCUCCGAUCAUCACAUCGCUGCAUGCCACGAAUUCGUGGCUACCACUCACCCUUGGAUUGCAACGACGGUUGAUUGAAAUGUGGCAGGAUGGCGAGGGCGUGCUCUACACUUGGGUAGAAUGGAUCCGCAGCGGCGAGUUUCUGGACGCUCUAGACUUAACCGCGUAUUCGAGCGGGGAAUCAGUCAUCCAUAUCCUUCAUCCUGCCCCGCACGUUCUCUUCCCUCUCCUCAAGGCCUAUGACAAAUCGACGCAAUUUAGAAGGUUUUCUCAGACAUCAUAUACGUGUGAGAUCUGUCUCACGUCGAUUAAGGGGGCGCGCUGUAUCUUGUUAUCAUGUUCACAUGUGUUCUGCCGUGCAUGUUUGGAGGACUUUUGGAAAUUGUGCAUCGCAGAAGGAGAUGUGGGACGUGUCGGGUGUCCUGAUCCCCACUGUGUUAAGGCUGGACGGGAGGCAAACGAGGAGGAAGUACGGCGAGUUGUCAUUGAAGAAGAGGUGAGGCGAUGGAAGUGGUUACGCGAGAAACGAGAGCUCGAGAAGGAUCCGUCCAUUAUUCAUUGCCCUAUGGCAUUCUGUCAGAGGCCGGUGCGCAAGCCUUCAAACGUCGAUGAAGGGUCUGGAUGGGAGCGCUUACGGACGUGCACCGACUGUGGAUAUUCGUUCUGCGCUUACUGCAAACGGUCAUGGCAUGGACCCCUCUUAGACUGCCCGGUAUCAGCGACCGAGUCGUUUGUGCUCGAGUACCUGGCAUUGCCAGAAGAUUCGCCCGAGCGAGUGCUGAUGGAGCGACGAUUCGGAAGAACGAACAUGCGUAAGCUUGUGGCGAAGUAUGAGGAGGAGCAGGCGAACAAACGGUGGCUCGAGCAGUCGACGAUGGAGUGUCCCCGCUGCCAUGUCCACGUCGAGAAGUCGCUGGGCUGCAACCAUAUGACGUGCGCAAAGUGCCGACAGCAUUUCUGCUACAGGUGUGGUGAGAAAUUACUGGCGCAGAAUCCCUACGUGCAUUUUUCGACACCGGGUAAGGCGUGCUACUCGAGAUUGUUUGACUUUCAGAGCGUAGAGGACGCGGAGUGGCAGCCGGUAGAGGGAUUCGAUCUGUUGUAGCUGAGCCUGUGCUGAGCCGAUCUGAGUCCGAAUAUGACGUUGAUUCCACGCCGACGUUCGAAGCCCGAUCGAGGCGGACAUCGGGCGGCC